AUGUCUGGCAUCGUUCACAAGGUGAAGGAUGCUGUCACGGGCCACCUUCACAGUGAUCACUCCUCAAAGACUGCGGAAGGAACACAUACCAAGGCUGGAUCGGACAAGCACCACAGCGGCCCACAUCCUCCCGGUGUCCACGGCCCAACAGACCUGAAUUUCGCACCUUCGGCCACCCAUGCGGCGCCUGACUUGGUUGAACCGCAUACUGGUGGCGCGCCCACGGUUACGGACAUCAAUGGGCUUCCCCCGUCCACACAUGCGGCGCCUGACUUGGCUGAGCCGCACGCUGGUGGUGCGCCCACGACUACGGACAUCAAUGGACUUCCUCCAUCCACCCACGACGCGCCGGACUUGACGAGUGGUCACCCAUAA